AUGAUCAUCGACGCUAGAAGAUUUGAUAGUGGAUUUGAGUUCCAGGUCUUCGUUACACCGAGUCAUGCCACAGAUUGGGCCUCCGUAGCUCAUGACUUUGUUUCCGCCACUUUGAAUUUGAUCCGGUGGCGCGAACUGUGGCUGACCUGGAGUGAUCGUCGAGGCAUUCAUGAUUUACAUGCCGCCCCUGUCUGUGCUCAUGGCUUGUCCUCGGGGAUCUUCAACCAGGUCAGCUCGCCGCUCAACGACUCCGCGGGCAUUUUGCCUCCAAUCCUGUAG